AUGGUUCAAACAUUCAACCCUGAUGAACAUUUAAAAAUAAUUAAUGAAUGUCAUAACUGUAUAUCAACACCAAAUAAUGAAGAUUUAAGACAAUCGCUUUUAAAUAAAAUCCUACCUCAAACAAAGCUUCUUAAUGGUUGGUUACCUUAUUUACAGCAAAUAACAGACUCCCAGCGAACAGUUUUAAAAACAAUGGCACAUCAAAAUAUUCAAGCAAGGGUUGCUUAUAUCAGAGCCAUUUCGAAACCUCACUUAGAUCAAAUAGACUCUGAGGGCUAUCACUAUACUAGAAAUCCUUAUUACAGACAAGUAAUGAAUGAAAAAAAUGAAAUAAAUGACAAAUACAACGAAUUAUUGGCAAAUAACAAUGCUGGACGUUCAAAUUCCGAUCAAGGAUCAAGUCACGAUGAUGAAGGUGAAGGAACUUUACAGAAAAAAGUUGGAAAAAUGAAUAAACAAUUUGAACGUGAGCUUAAGCGAAUAAAUCAACAACUUUUAGAAAAUAUGGAAAUAAAUACUCGGAUUUUAGAAGAUAUGAAAGAAAAUAUGAAAAUAAAUGACAAAAAUACGCAAUCAAAUGCUCAGAUUUUAGAAAGUGUGAAAGAAAAUAAGAAAAUAAAUACCCUUAUUUUAACCAAUACGCAAAUAAAUGCCCAAAAUUUAGAAAAAAACAAGAAAACAAAUGCUCAAAUUUUAGAAAAUACGCAAAAUUUAAAAUCACUUGAUUUUGAAUGUGACCGUUUAUUCAAAGAAAACAACUUUUAUAAAAAAGAAUUAGAAAAUAUUAAAAAUCAAUUAACGAAUACUGAGAAAAAAGCUUUAAAUUUAGAAGCUGCACUCGGGGAUGCUACUAAUGUUCGAUUGAGUGAUGAAUCCCCAAAUAAUUCUCUUCAAUUAAAAAGUGAUAUCACUAAAUUUAAAAAAUUAGUAGAGAAUUUUAUUAAAGUCAAAGGAAGACACAUAAAAAUCAAAGAGCAAGCAGCAAAUGAUUUAUUAUUAAAAUAUAGGUUUAAAAAAAAUGAAGAUACUUUUAAGGAUGUUUUAGGAUUCAUCCUUCAAAGUAUAGUAAUUGAUAUAAUACUUUCUGCGAUAGAAAAAAUAACAGACAGAGACAAAAACGGAAAUUUCAAUUAUUUGGAAGCAGCAAUUAUGGAUUAUACUAAUUCUAUGAUUAAAUGGACCACCGACCUAUCUCAAACAAAAGAUGGGGAUGAUCAUGUUACCAAGAUGACCCCUAUCAAAAUUCGACAACAAAUAUAUGAGGCACUUGCAUUGCAAUAUUCAUCUUCAUCAUCAUCGAAUUCGGAAUUUCCCAAUUUCGGCAAUGCUCGUGUUUCUUCUGGUUCGUCAAGAACUUCAAGCGGUAAGAAGUUGAUAAAAUCAACUGUUUCAUCAUCGUCCUCACCAUCGUAA